UAUACAAACAGAUUACACGUUAAUAUAAAUCUCUCACUGUCCAUCACUGAUCUGACCAUAGAGGAUACAGGAAAAUACUGGUGUAAAAUCACAAAAGAUGCUGACAAUAACAAAUAUAUUGCUUUAACUAUUGAAGGUGAGUGAAGAGUAAUACAGUUAUGAUUUGUUGACUGUAAAACUUGUCAUGAUUUAUGUCCGUCUGCUGCUCCUAGUUUCAUAUUUAAGGGAUAGUUCACCCAAAAAUGAAAAGUCUGUCAUGAGUUACUUGCUCUUACAAUUUCUUUGUUCAGUUAAACACAGAGAAAGAUAUUUGGAUGAAUGCUUGUAACCAAACAGUUCUUGGACCCUAUUGACUCCCAUAGUAGGGAAAAAUACAAUCAAAAGUGCCCAGAACUGUUUGCUGUCCUACAUUCUUUAAAAUAUCUUCUUUUGUGUUUAACAGAACAAAGUUAUUUUUCAUACUAUGGGAGUCAAUGGGGUUCAAGAACUGUUUGGUUAUGAGCAUUCUUCCAAAUAUCUUUAUCUGUGUUCAUCCGAAAAAUAGUCAUUUGUGGAACAUUUUUAUAAUUGAAUAAAUAAUAUUGUAAAUAUAUAAUAAUUGAUAACAUGUGCUCAUGUAAUGCAUGAUCAUUGUGUUGUAUUUUGUUUCUGCAGGCUGUUCGAUAUCAGCGAAUGAAACAUCAGCUGUGAAGAUCAGCAGAUAUUCAGGAGAAUCUGUGAUAUUCUCUUGUAUUGUUGUGUGCAGCGCUCGUCAUAAACCAGAUCGAUGGGGAUGGAAAUUACCAAACGACAGAGAAAUGACAUCUACAGAACUCAAUAAUCUUCAUGAGGAUCGAGUUCAGAUGUUUAAUAUCACUUCAGGGAAUUUCUCUCUGCUGAUUUCUGAUCUGACAGAGGAGGAUGAAGGACUCUACUCGUGCUGGAUUAACAAGAAUCAACACAAGUACUUCAGUCUCGCUGUUAAAGGCUGUGUGGUGUCAGAAUCGAAUGAAACCAUGAUGUCUCAUUCAGGACAGUCUGUGCUGCUCUCCUGCACCUGUAAAGAUAAUCAAACCAAAGCCAAACACUUUGAAUGGCGGCAUGCAGAUUUAGAUAAGAGAAUCGUGUCUGAGACCGAGAGGAGCACAGGCCGAUUCGAGACACCCGUUCAUGAUUCCCCUGCUAAUGUGUCCUUACUGAUCUCAGACCUGACUGAGGCUGACCAGGGAUCAUACGUGUGUUCAGUGAAUGGAAAACAAUCCAGAGUGAUAAAUCUAAUUGUUAAAGGAUCUGAAUGGCUUUUCAUGAGUAUUCUGAUGACGGGUCUGACGAUGCUGAUGGUGCUGGUCUCGGCUCUGUGCAUCUACUGGAGAUGUGUGACAGCAAAGAAAAAGCGCAGCAGGACAAGCCAGAGACAAGAUCAUGAGUGCGAUGUGACAUACGCAGUGGUUAAAUUAAACAUGAAGCCCAAAUUACAAGACGAAGGAACUACUAAAUCUGAGGUGUGUGAUCAAUGCUUCAAAUACACUUUACUUGUUUUUAGAUCAGUUGUCUUUGUGUAAAUCCCCGGAUAGUUCUAAUUUACAUCACUACUUGCAUCCAUAGCUUGAAUGAAUGAAUUGAAUAUUAUUCUAACACAUGAUGCGGUGUGUGGGUGUGUCUUGCAGGAUGAAGUCAUUUACUCAUCUGUUGUUCACAGCAAAUCUCACUGAGUGAACGCCCUUCACAUGAGUACUGCAUAUACAACACUGUACACAAGUGUUUGAAAUACACAACCAAUAACACACACAUCAUUACAUUAUAAUCUGCACUGUAUUAAUACUUGUGUAAGACAUACAGCUGAACUUGAUCACAGUUACAUUGCAAAGCUCAUUUCAUCACAUGAAUAACAUGACUGGUGGUGAUAAUCAAUUACGAAAGUUUAUUUGUACAGUACACUUCCUAAAAAGAGUCUUAUAAAACAAAUAAUCACAUCUGGUUUAAAAUGAUCAUCUAUGAACUGUAAAAAGUUUUAUUUAAGACUUGUUAGAUUUGAAACUAAUUGUAACAUCAGUAGGUUACAGGCACAGAUAGUCUAUUUUCUGAUGUUUUUAAAUUACUUAAAUACAGAGGGGUUCAAAAGUCUGAGACUACUUAAAUGCAACUUUCUUACAAUGUACAAUGUGAUUUAUCUGGAUUUAAAUUUGAUCCUAGAUAUUUGAGCUUCACUGUAUAGACCACUUCACCUGAUGUAAAUACGGGUCCAGAAACAAUAACAGUUUCAUUUUAAUUUACAUUUAAAUAUUACAUAUCUAAUUUAGUCCCCCAUGAACCAGAAGUUGCGAUCGUUUUUACUUCUGUAUUCUGACACAUUUCCGAGUGAAAGCGAAUUUCAAAGAAGAAAAUGAGUGGGCCUGGCUUGCGAUUUUCACUGCGAAUUGAUUGGAUGUUUAAAAACAGUUGUUGCAUUUUGAAAUGGAACUAGCAGAAGACUGACAGCUGAAGGGGAGGAGUUAACGGGUGCUCCGCCCAAGCCGUCUGACAUAUGUCAUUUGCGAUAGAUAGGGCAGAAUUGAAUUUUCUGAUUUUAAAUGAAGAUUAUGAGGGCACAUGAAUUUUAAGAAGAAAAUGACCCAUAUUGAUAAACUAUUUACAAUAAACGCUGCAAUAUUUCAUGAGAAAAUAAGAAUGGUCAAAAACAUUUUGAUUCAGUUAUAUAUGUUCUUUUGGUUGUAUUUUCUUUAAACCUUUGCGUAUUGUUGAAACACUGAAACAGGAAGUUCUUCUAGACCAGCAUUGCAUAGGUUUUCUGAAGUGGUCUGCACUUAUAAACAUAUAUAAACAAGAACCUGUACAAUCAAUCAGAAACACACACAUCAAGGUAACAAUGUCAAUUUUUAACCUUUAUAAAGUGUCCCUGAGUUUAUUUUUUAAUAAAGCUACAUUUUCAAAUAAAUAUAAAUAUGUUACAUGACAUCA